GUGUAAACACUCAUUUCCAUUCCGGCUGGCAAGGGCUGGGGCUCCACUCCGCUUGGAGACUGGAGCACAGAACUGAGCCCUGGCCGCCGCCCGCUCGCUCUCCUCUCGCGCCUCCUAGCUCCGAGCCCAGCGAGCGUCCGGAGCCCCGGGGUGCGAAGGACGAGCCUCUGGCUUCUGUGGCCUCUGAGCGGUCUUUCCUUCCCACUUGGUGAGCCAGCCAGCGGGGGAGCCAUGGACCCGAGAGCUUGGCCUCUGCACCGAGCGGCUUUCGCCCUCCUUUGCACUUGGUGUGCACUGACCGGCGUGGGAGCCAAGAGGCAAUUUGUCAAUGAAUGGGCAGCCGAGAUCUCCGGGGGACCCGAGGCAGCCUCGGCCAUCGCGGAGGAACUGGGCUAUGACCUUCUGGGCCAGAUCGGAUCUCUUGAAAAUCACUACUUAUUCAAACAUAAAAACCAUCCCCGAAGGUCUCGAAGGAGUGCCCUGCAUCUCACUAAGAGGUUAUCUGACGAUGAUCGAGUGCUAUGGGCUGAGCAGCAGUAUGAAAAAGAGAGAAGUAAACGGACAGUUCUGAGAGAGUCCGCAUUAAAUCUCUUCAAUGACCCGAUGUGGAACCAGCAGUGGUAUUUGCAAGAUACCAGGAUGACUGCAGCUCUGCCCAAGCUGGACCUCCACGUGAUCCCCGUGUGGCAAAAGGGCAUUACUGGCAAGGGAGUGGUCAUCACUGUGCUGGAUGAUGGCCUGGAGUGGAACCACACGGACAUCUAUGCCAAUUAUGAUCCAGAGGCGAGCUAUGAUUUUAAUGAUAAUGACCAUGACCCAUUUCCCCGGUAUGAUCCCACAAACGAGAACAAACAUGGGACCAGAUGUGCAGGAGAAAUUGCCAUGCAAGCUAAUAAUCACAAGUGUGGGGUCGGAGUUGCAUACAAUUCCAAAGUUGGAGGCAUCAGAAUGCUGGACGGUAUUGUGACCGAUGCUAUUGAAGCCAGUUCCAUAGGCUUCAACCCCGGACAUGUGGAUAUUUACAGUGCCAGCUGGGGCCCUAAUGAUGAUGGAAAAACUGUGGAGGGGCCUGGCAGACUAGCCCAGAAGGCGUUUGAGUAUGGUGUCAAACAGGGGAGACAAGGCAAGGGUUCCAUCUUCGUCUGGGCUUCAGGGAAUGGGGGCCGGCAGGGAGACAACUGUGACUGCGACGGCUACACAGACAGCAUCUACACCAUCUCCAUCAGCAGCGCCUCCCAGCAAGGCCUCUCCCCCUGGUACGCCGAGAAGUGCUCCUCCACGUUGGCCACCUCUUACAGCAGCGGGGAUUACACCGACCAGCGAAUCAUGAGCGCCGACCUGCACAAUGGCUGCACAGAGACCCACACGGGCACCUCGGCCUCCGCACCCCUGGCUGCGGGCAUCUUUGCGCUGGCUCUGGAAGCAAACCCAAAUCUUACCUGGCGAGACAUGCAGCACUUGGUUGUCUGGACCUCUGAGUAUGACCCAUUGGCCAAUAACCCUGGAUGGAAAAAGAAUGGCGCAGGCUUGAUGGUUAAUAGUCGAUUUGGAUUUGGGUUGCUCAAUGCCAAAGCACUGGUAGAUUUAGCUGAUCCUAAGACCUGGAGCAACGUGCCUGAAAAGAAAGAAUGUGUUGUAAAAGACAAUGACUUUGAGCCCAGAGCCCUGCAAGCGAAUGGAGAAGUUAUCAUUGAAAUCCCAACAAGAGCUUGUGAAGGGCAAGAGAAUGCCGUCAAGUCCCUGGAGCAUGUGCAAUUUGAGGCGACCAUCGAAUAUUCCCGCCGAGGAGACCUGCACGUCACACUCACCUCUGCUGCUGGAACCAGCACGGUCUUGUUGGCCGAACGAGAGCGGGACACAUCUCCUAAUGGUUUUAAAAACUGGGAUUUCAUGUCUGUUCACACAUGGGGAGAGAAUCCAGUAGGCACCUGGACCUUGCGAAUUACAGACAUGUCUGGAAGAAUGCAAAAUGAAGGCAGGAUCGUGAAUUGGAAGCUGAUUUUGCACGGGACCUCCUCCCGGCCAGAGCACAUGAACCAGCCCCGCGUGUACACAUCCUACAACACCGUUCAGAAUGACAGGCGCGGCGUGGAGAAGGAGGUGGACUCCGGGGAGGCGCAGCCCUCCCCAGAGAGCCCGAACGAGAAGCCCCUAGGGGCCCAGAGCCCCAGCAGCAGCAGUGUGGGCGACAGACCCAAAGAGAUGGCCAAGGGAGCCCCUUCCCAGGCCAUGCUGCGGCUCCUGCAAAGUGCUUUCAGCCCAAACUCUCCCCGCCAGCUAUCACCAAAGAAGUCUCCCGGUGUGAAGCUCGACAUCCCUUACGAAAACUUCUACGCAGCCCUGGAAAAGCUGAACCAGCCUUCCCAGCUGCGCGACUCCGAGGACAGUCUCUACCACGACUACGUGGACGUUUUCUACAACACGAGGCCCUACCGGCACCGAGACGACCGGCUCCUGCAGGCCCUGGUGAACAUCCUCAAGGAGGAGAAUUAAAGCGGGGCCUCGUCCCGGGCUGGCAAUCCUCACGCUGCUUCCUUCCUCGUAGACUCCGCCCGUGUCUGACGCGGUUGUUUUGUCAUUGAUCCUGACGGUUAUAAUGUCCUUUGUGAUCAUCUUCCUUUUCCUCCCCAAGCAGUGCAUUUGCAGAGAAUGAGCACCAGGAGCGAGACCCAGUGAUCAUGGCUCUUUGCCAACGUGUCCGUGCUGCCCGUGCUGCCUGCGCAUAGAGUGUGGUUUGCUCUUUCUGGAGUGCAGUCCCCACGGAGCUGCCACACCAUAGGAACAUGCCUCUUUAAAUCCUCUCAUUGCUCCAAAGAAAGAACGGGAGCAGAGCCCUGACAACAGAUGUGUUUGUUUGCAGCCGGAGGGAAAGAACAUUUGUCCUAAUAGCUUGCUUCCCACUUUUGACGCGCUAUGGCUGUGACUUCCCCACGAGCCAAUGCUGGCGCGUGAUCAUCGCCUGCCUGUCAGAGUUGAAGGUGCUCCACGGGGUUUUCAGUGGCUGAUUUUGGGGGAGUUGCACCGGGUUAUGUGCUGGGCUGUUAACCU